UCACCUUCAAAUAGCUUCCUUCAUUUGCAACGCUCUUGACAAAUGGACUGUAGUCUUGGCUUACUGUGUCGAAUUCCCGGCGCCGAUGGCUGUGGUGGCGGAGGAGGAGUGGCGUCUGGUGGGUCAAUCGUGGCCAUGUCAAAUGACGAAGAGAACAACAACAAUAAUAUGGUUCUAGAAUCUUGUUCAUCGUACCAAGAUGAUAACGAUGACGAUGAUGAUGGUCUUGAAUUGGGGCUAGGCUUGAGUAUCGGUGGUGGUGGAUUGAAGACGAAGGAAGAAGGUUCUAGAAUCUUGAGUGAUAAAGGUUUCUCUUCUUGUUCGUCUUCUUCGUCUUCCUCUGUGAAUAUCCCCAGUUCCUCCAUUGUUGGUACCAAGAGAGCUGCUGUUGACUCUAUUUCAUCUCCCAAUGCUAGCAGCGUGGUUGGAUGGCCUCCGAUAGGAAGAGCUCAUCGGAAUCCAACAUUGGCUAACCGGAUUAAGCCGGAACACAACGAGUUUAGUUCAAGACCAGUAAACAACAACAUAAUCAAUGGUUAUCUAUCUGUAAAGGUGAACAUUGAUGGAACCCUAAUCGGGAGAAAACUCGAUCUCAAUGCUCACACCUCCUACGAAACAUUAGCUCAGACCUUGGAGGACAUGUUCCAUGGAAGUCUAGGAUCUUCAAGAUUAUUCAACGGAACAUCAGAGUUUCUGCUCACUUAUGAAGACAAAGAUGGCGACUGUAUGCUUGUUGGAGACGUUCCUUGGCAGAUGUUUCGUAGCUCUGUGAAAAGGCUGCGGAUCCUCAGAAACACCAAAUCAAACGGACCCAACAAGAAAUCUUGAUUUUGGAUUGUUCAUAGUUUCAUAUUAUAAAUGUUGAUUUAUUUCUUGAUUUUUUUAUAUAGUUUCUUGCCACAUGGAUCAGCUUCAAACAAGCGUAUUAGCUGAUGCAAGCAUAC